AUGGAAGCCACGCUGAGCUUUGCAUCAUGUCUCAUCAACUAUCUCUGUCAGAGACACCAUGAUCCCGAUCUGUCUGAUGAAGAGAUAGCCGAAAAUAUCACGACUGGUGCAUACUGCCUUCACAACCUUGCAUCGACCAGCUGGCUUGAUACACUGGAGCUUUAUAUCCAUUCGAAGGGGUCGCAACCCCUUUCUGAUACAGUCAUUGAUGCUGUUGAUAGACUCAUCAGCGACAGGCAUAACGAUGCAUAUGCCGAUAGUGCGACAGCACCAUUUCAACCGAACCUGGACUGUUUCAAAGCAGCCUCGGGCGACGUGUAUGGGAUGCUCUGCGAGAGCGCUCGCUUUCGUCGAAUGUCACAGAAAGGGACCUACAACAAAGCAGAGGGUGCUGGCUGGAUGGACCUUGAUCCGCUUACAAUAUCACGAACUUCGGUUCAGAUAUACAAGCAGUUCAACCAGAUCUUGACAGAUUGUGCGACGAACCACCACCAACACUGUCGUUGUCAGGUAUUGCGAAGGCACUACGGUGAGCGGAUUUUCGAAUGUGGCUUCACCGGUUGUUUGUUCCACCGUCAUGGCUUCAAGCCAAGCUCGGUUCGAAAAUCACACAUGAAACACCAUGACCGUCCAUGGAAAUGCAGCGUAGAAGACUGCGAAUUUGCGGAGGGAGGAUUCCUUUCACGGAAGAUGCGGGACGAUCACUUGAAUAAGUAUUAUACAACGAAUGCCACUCGAACCGAAGUCCACCAAAAUCCGCCAGACCCCGAUGAGGUUCAACCGCUUUUAUUCGACCUGGUCCAAGCCGACGAAACAGAUCGCGUGAGGGAACUGUUACCAUACUUCCAAAAAUUGGACUGGGAGUUUCAAAACGCAAUGCUAGAAAUUGCAGCCUAUUCUGGGUCUCCCACGAUGAUCGACGUGCUUAUCUCGGCACAACUAUGCUGGCAGCCUGGCACACUCGCGAAGAAAGCAAUUGAAGGCCUGAACGUGGAUACCCUUAAACAUUUACUGGAUAAGGCAGAGCAUGUGCGCAUCUUGGAACAUAUGCAUCUCCUUACGCCUCUAGUGGCUUCCGGGUCAGAGCCGCUACUGGAAGUGUGGAAGCUCUACUUCAAUCCCAAAGUUGUUACACAGCGCUCAUGUCACGUCCACGAUGAGCUUAACUUCCUAGACACCAUCAAAGUAACCAAAGGAGAUCCUAAUAAGGAGUCUUUCCUCAUCUCCUUUUGGGAGAGAGCCCGUGCGGACGUCAUAUUCACCAAAAGAGCAUUGGGGAUGGGAUUGUCAUUUGUUGCACAGACUACUUGUUCUGUCAGACUCGCAAAGUACUUGAUCGACCUGGGGGCGGAUGUGAACUUUGCCCCCAAGGGCCAUGCUGUAACGCCAGUCCGGCAUGCUGCGCGACGCGAUUCUGCGGCUGCCGCAGACUUGAUAAGAUACCUCCUCCUGAACGGAGCUGAUCCUGAUCUCACACCAACCAAGCCCAGCAUGGCAUAUCCAAAAAUCCAGGACGAGAAGGGUCCAAGGGGAAUUGCAAAGUGGUUGGGAAUGUCCUGGGACGAACUUCUUGUAAAAUCCAAAGAGGAACGAGAAAAGGGAUUACGAGACGGUUCGAUGAGAGCCUGGCCAUCCACCACGCCGCCUGAACGCGAGGUUGUCAAGCGGGACGGCAUGGGAACCAGGUCGACCGAAAGACUAUGA